AUGCUGGAGGUGAAGAAGCGGUGGGCGAGCGCAGAAAGCCGGACAGCUGCGUGGCGUUCUGAGCUCCUGUCAGCUUCACACAUCAGAGGAACAUGUCGCGCCCCAACCUGCGAAGAGGACGGUGACAAUCAGCCUCCCACACGGCCAGCUGCUGCAAUGACGGGGAGGGGGGGGUUCUGUGGUCUUGACCCCCACUCGGACAGCCCUGGAAAACCUGAGGACAUAAACAUUGUGAUCCCGUCGAGGACUUCAAUGCCACACAGCGCUCCCACCCCCACCCCCUCCCGCCUCACCCUGAGCGCGCACAAAGCCCCAGCCGUCACCACCGAUGGCAGCCUCGUAGACAAACUAGGCCAGCUAUAA